GGAAUGUUCAGCAAUCUGAGUAGUAUCAGAUUCGAAAUAGGAAGGGAAGAGAAAUUUUUUUUUUUAGAGAUAUAGGUUCAAUGACGGCGAUGCUGGUUUGGUAUACGACGGUGCGGGUAUUCAAAUAUGGCGGAAGAAAUCUCGCGUCGGCGGGACACCAGUGCUGCCAUUACACGAGAGCUCGAUGACGCUGUUGACCGUGGCGUUGCUCCCUCCAAAAGUGUGGGUGCAUUGGCAACAUUGGUUUUCGGUAGUUUACAAAUAAAAUGGCCGAUAUAUGAGGCUAUUUUGUAUGGACAUGUAAAAUAUGCAAUUGUGUAAAAUAAAUGAUUAUCGCGGGUGCGGGAUUGUUGGUUAACGUGAGUUUACGAAGAGUUUUGACCGUCGGGUUAAGCGGAAUAAAAGAGUCGAGAGAUCGGCAGAGUGACGUGAAAACGGGAGGUAGAAAGAAUUGUCCUCUCGGCCGUACAGACGCCGCGGAUCAACGGGAGAAAGAAAGACGGAAAGAGGUUGUGAGAGCAAGAGAGAAAGAGAUAAAAAGACGAAGAGGAAAGAUAGACCGAGUGAGAGACGGAGCAAGGCUUUAUCGGUGUGUACGUGAAGAAAAGAGCGAGAGGAUACAUAGACGAGAGCUCACGCGUUCGUGUCGUCGUCGUCGCUGCCGCCGCCGCCGCCGCCGCGUUUCGAGAGACACAGUGAACCAUACACAUAUACUGAGAAAAAAUUUGUUCGGACGAACGGCGACCUGCCGUAGCUUUUUUUUUCUACCUUUCUUUUCAGUCGCGCGCGUUCAGCGAGUGGCAAAUAUACUCUGAAAAAAAAAACGCGGUCCGUAAAUUGCACGUAUAUACGUAUAUGGGUGCGCGCGUAUGUGUAUGUAUGUAUAUAUAUAUGCAUACAUAACGCGGUGAAAAAGAUUUUAUACAGGGCGUGCGAGAGUGCGAGUCUGAAGGGGAGGGGAGAGUUUCGUAUCCCCGACGUCUCUGUGUCUUCGGUAAGUUUUCCGGGGACCAAAACUAAGCCAACUGCUUCCUGGACGUACUCAUCGACGACGAAUCAUAUAUAUAUAUAAUAUAUAUAUAUAAUUAUAGACCCAUGUAUAUAUACAUGUAGAUAUCUGUGUAUAUAUAUAUAUAUAUUCAUCGAUCUUGCGCGGGAUCACUUUCGCAAAAACUCUGAUACGUUCUUCGAUAUAUGUGGUACGGGAGCGCGCGCGUGUGUGAGUGUGUGUACGUGUGUAUACGCAAGUCCUCAACCUGGUACGAGAAGUGCAGGCUUACCGCAGCAGUGAUCUCCACGAGUAUAUAUUAUAUUUUUCUCGAGGAGAGCCGACACAGAAUUGUGUAUAUCCAUUGUAUACCCGGAGCGAGAGAACAAACAAAGCUCAAGAUCCCGCCAAACGCGGCGCGUCUUACUCGCGCCUCUCUCUCGCUCUGACGGUAGCCAGCGUGCGCGGUCUCUUUCUCACUCUCUCCCUCUCUCGCCCACGCUCGAGAUCGUUGCAGGGUUAACCGCGAUUUAUCGAAUAUCACGGGGACGUUCAACGAUACGUCGUUGAAUACGGGAAAUAGAAAGAGUGUUUGGUAUAAAGUUGUGGGGCGAUAAAAAUCUAACGACAUAGCGGAGAAGCACACCGAUUUAACGUCGGUGUGUAACAUGAUAAUAGUCAAAAAUUGCUCCAUCCCAGUACACGAAAGCCGAGAUACUGGAGUGUGACGAGUACCUCGGUUUGGAGACCGUCAAGAUAUUUCACGCUGACGAUUUUGUCGUUGUCGAGUCUAUCGGUACGGAGGAGGAUGACGCACUGACCGUAAAUUUGGCACCGAGCACUAGUACCGAAGCUAGUCAGAGCGAACGCGGUACGGUCUCGGCGUCCGAAUUGAAUACGGAGGAGUCGUCGUUGCAGGGCGAUACAACGACGACUGUCAACAGCGAAGAGGGUUCUAUAACGACCCUGACAAAUAUGUGCACGACGCCCGGCAAUGCGGGCACUGGUUUCGGUUACGCGUGGUCCUUCGGAGGCCCCGGAACCGAGACCAGAGAAAACGCUCAGGCUGAUUUAGCGACCAACAUUAAUUACGCUGUGAACAACAACCAGGAUCAGGGCUCAAGUCAGAAGAUUCAAGUGGAUAUCAAACCGGCUAAGGUGGCUAUAAGCGCAACCCCACGCAGGCCCAUGUUUGCUAUGAACGAGAGCUGUCAACAGACUACAACCGCUACUCACCACGGACACACCGCGGUAGCUCACAAUCAAUCCCACGUGAGAAUCAAGAAGCAUCACGACGUUUUUUCUUUGACCUGCGACAAGGGAGGCUGCAACUGCGACGCGGCGCAUCCUACUCCUCCCCCGUCGCUAUUUUCAAACGCGCUUGUAUUUACAACCGCCGACAAACACGCCAUGAGCAAACACUUUAUGACACCUCUUGGACCUUUGCAGCUCACAGCCGAAGAGUGCAACGAGAUACUCAUGAAGAGAGCGGCUGCUGCAUCCAAUCAGACAAAUACCAACAACGUGACUACCGGCCAGAGCGACGGAAGCACCCACUUUGGCCACGUCCUCACCCAUGUCAACACCGCUCAGAUCGAGACUAAGGCGAAACAACAGCAGGACAUGGGCAGCCAGGUGCGAGUACCCAAGGAAAGACCUUACUCCUGCUCCGAAUGCGGCAAGUCUUUCCUACUGAAGCAUCAUCUUACUACCCACGCGAGGGUACACACCGGUGAACGUCCCCACAUUUGCGUACACUGCGGCAAAACGUUUGCUCACAAACACUGUCUACACACUCAUCUGUUGCUUCACAGUGCGGAGAGACCUUAUCAGUGUCGCGAAUGCAAAAAAUCAUUUACCCUCAAGCAUCACUUGGUUACGCACACGCGUGUGCAUACGCGCGAGAGACCCUUCGUUUGUCAAGAGUGCGGACGUGCGUUUCCCCUUAAGCGUCAUCUUGUAACACAUAGUAAAUUUCACUCCGGCGAAAGACCUUUUGUUUGUGAAGAGUGCGGCGAGUCCUUCUCCCAGAAAGAUCAUCUCACCAUGCAUUCGCGCUUCCACGGUAGCUUACAUCCUUUCGUUUGCCACGAUUGCGGUGCUACUUUCCAGAGGAAAUUCGAACUGGUUAAUCAUGGACGUCUCCACGGACGUGUACCGCAUUCUUGUACCGCGUGCGGCAAGGAGUUCCUUCAGAAGAGAACCCUCCUCGCUCACAUGCGUCUUCAUACCGGUGAAACACCGUUCGCCUGUACCGUCUGCGGCGAGGCUUUCCCUCGUAAGGUUGACCUCGUGGCUCACUCCAAGAUACACAACAACAAUACCAACUCGGACGAGAAAUGUCUCACGUGCAGGGAAUGUGGUUUGGAUUUCUCUAAUCGAGAGGCCCUAACUUUGCAUCUGAGGCUACACUCCGGUGAUCGUACUCUCGUUACCGACCUUUGCGGAUUGGCUGCGGCCUUCCAACAAACACCAGGCCACUUUUUAACGCCAAACGCUACUGGAACGCAUCAGAUGAACGGACCGAUUGGAACGCCGGGCGUGAGUCACAUGCACGGAGCCACGCAGACAUCGCCACCGGUAUGUUCGGGACCGAAGCCGAAGCCACAUCUCUGUCCGGAUUGCGGACGUGGUUUUGCCCAGAAGCACGGUUUGUCGCAGCACCAGAGAAGACACACGGACGGAAGUUGCCAUAUUAGAUCGCACGUAUGCGACAAGUGUGGCAAAGCGUUCUUUCAGAAGAACCAUUUGUUGUUGCAUCAACGUCAACACAUGGAUCCACCGCCGAGUAUAUUGCGUCAACAGCAGAGACAAGCGGCCCAGGCGGCCGCGCAGCAGGCACAGCAGCAGCAGCAACAACAACAACAACAACAAGUGCAGCAGCAGGUGGCGCAAGGGAGUACUCAGCAAGCGCAGCAGCAACAGCAACAGGCUCAGGUACAACAGGCGCAACAGCAGCAAGUUCAUCAACAGACGCAACAGCAGCAAGCGCAGCAGCAACAACAAACGUGCACGGUUGAUACUAAAUCGAUACAGCUGCAAGCGAUACAACAGCAGGUGCAACAACAGGUACAGCAACAAGUACAGCAGCAAGUGCAGCAACAACAGCAGCAGCAGCAGCAACAACAACAGCAGCAACAACAACAACAGCAACAACAACAACAACAACAACAACAACAAGCGUGCUCGGUGGACACAAAAGCAAUACAGUUGAACGUCACCAUGUGAAACGGUGGUGAUGACGUUGAUAUAAAAAACGAAAUGAGGGACGAUCGACGAGGCGAGAAUCGUGUCGACGAUAAUCCCCGUUAUGAUAGCAUCCCCGAAAGCGCACCCCGCUGCAACCCUCUGCACGCACUUCUCUUGUACUAACACACAUACGGACGAACAUACACGGAAACAAACAAACAAACAUGCACAUACCUGCGAAAACGGUAUUGGAGUACACGAUGUUUGAAUGCAGUGAAAUUUAUCUUUUUCGACAUCGUAGUCAUUUUUUCUACGAAGUUGUGUUAAUACUUUGUUUCGAUCUUUUUAAAUAGAAGUAACGGAACAAAUCUGCUAAAUAAGUUCGAAUAAUUUGAAAAAUUAGACGCUCGAUAUGCAGAGAGAGAGAGAGAGAGAGAGAGAGAGAGAGAGAGAGAGAGAGAGAUGUUGUUAAGCAUUCGAACAACUCGAAGGGCAUUACACUUGGAAGAAAAGCAAAAGUCAUUAAAAAAAUACAGCUUUGAGAUAUUGGAUUUACAUGAAUCGCCCAGCAUCGGGAGACGUUCGCAAUAUUUUAAUCAGUGAAUAAAUGGUACACGUGUGUCAAUAUAACGGCCCGUAGACGAGCUCCCCAUGGCAAAAAGUUGGAUAUCAAAGUAUUUUUUUCCAUCGUACUUAUCACCGUAAUCGACGAAUUUUAAAAUCAUAUAAUUUUUCACGACCAACGAUCUUUUUACACGAAAUUGCCCGAUGUUUCUGGUGUCUCGAAUUUAUAUGAAAUAAAGACGAGUUUAAACAAAUCUUGCGAUAAAAGAUGAGUAAUUAAACGUCGAAUGACGGAGUAAUUUUUUUUCAUUCGGCCAUACCACUCUCCAUUAAAAAAAAAAAAAGCGUCUACGUUUCUGCAAAAGUUUCAAUGGUAUUGAGCUUUUUUCGAAUCGUGCCAAUAAUUUAACGAACGAAAAGUCGCUUUUCGCUCAUUCUUCCUCGUGUAAACGCACCCCCGAUAACACUUCAACGCCGUUACACGACGAACUUUAACGCGCUAAAUACACGAUCGCCCUCCCUCCCUUUUACACACGCAGAGAAAAAUGUUGAAAAUAAUGGAAAAUAUGAAAACGAACAACAAAAUUACACACCCAACACGCAUACACAUUUUACACAUUAGUUAUAUUUAUUAUUCUCUAGAAUCAACUAUCGGAGUAAUCAGUUUUCCUUUCCCCUAUUCCUUGAACCCAUUUCAUCCCCCCCCCCCCCCCGACCCUCCCACCACCCCCUUACACUAUUAUCCCGUCCUUAACCGAAAAGUCCAAUCGCCUCCACCAACCUCGCCGCUCUCCCCUUUUAUUACAAGAGUAUAUAUACAAAUUAUACAUAUAUUAUAUUCUAAUUAUGUAAGGCUUGUAACAAGAAAAAAAUAAAAAUAACCAUAUAUUAGUGUUUUACAUA